ACAUCUCUCAGAAACUUCUCUCUCUCUCUCUCUCUCUCUCUCUCUCAAUCUUUCCCUUCGAAUUCUGUCUGUGUCUCUGUCUGAAAUCUAAUUUCGGGAUUGCUCUCAGUACAUCCACAAAUGGUACUGUCAAAGCGUGGCCACAGGUUCUUCAAAUUUAGAACCCAAGUAAUUUCAACCCAAAAUCCCAUAUACACUCAUUUCAUUUUCUGAAAAGCUUUUUACGAUUCAUUUUCGUCCGCAAACAUCUUCUCAUCAGUUUCCUCUCGACAACAACCUUAGCCCCCACGACAGUCUUUUUCUUCCUUGGCUGACGAGAAAACAGUCUCUCUUCCUAGUUCCCCACCACAUCCACUCAAUUCUUUACAGUAAUUUCCUAGUUUUAUUCCUGUCAGGAAAAAAAAAAUUAAAAUCUAGGAUAUAGAUUAUAUAUAUCCUUCACGCUCUCUGUCUCUUUCUUUCUCCAUCAGACAAAUGGUUCCUGAUUACUACGAGUUCUCACGUGGGGUUGUGGAGAUGGCUUGGAUUAUGCUAAGUGUUGAUUACUCGAGGCUUUUCUGGUUAUUGUUCGGAGUCUUCUCCUACGAAAACCAUGAGGGAAAGCCUCGAAUCAUCUAGCACGCAGUACUUGCAGCUUCUUUCAUCUUUUUUGUCUAAAAAUAUUAUUUUAUAAUUAAUAUAUAAACCAAGUAUCGAUCGUAGAAGAAACAAAAGAAAAAGCUAGCGGUUGAUUUCUCAGCUAUGUACAACGCACGGCUAGGAGGAUUCGUUGAUGGAGCCAAGGCUCAGCUUGGAUACGUUGAAACUGAUCCAUCUGGUCGCUAUGGCCGAUUCAGGGAAAUUCUUGGGAAAGGAGCAGUGAAGACGGUGUAUAGGGCAUUUGACGAGGUUCUUGGAAUAGAGGUGGCGUGGAACAAAGUUGAACUCAAGGAAAUCUUUCAUUCACCGGAGGAAUUGCAGCGGCUUUACUCGGAGGUUCACCUUCUCAAGAACCUCGAUCAUGACUCCAUCAUGCGAUUCUAUGCUUCUUGGGUUGAUGUUAAUCGAACAUCUUUUAACUUCGUCAGCGAAAUUUUUACCUCCGGAACACUUAGAGAGUACAGGCAGAAAUAUCAGCGAGUAGAUAUUCGAGCAGUCAAGAGCUGGGCCCGCCAAAUCCUGCGUGGUCUUGCUUAUAUGCACGGCCAUGAUCCUCCUGUCAUACACAGAGACCUCAAAUGCGACAAUAUCUUCAUCAAUGGCCAUAUUGGACAAGUCAAAAUUGGUGAUCUGGGCCUUGCAGCCAUCCUUCGUGGGUCCCAACAUGCCCACAGUGUCAUAGGUACACCGGAAUUUAUGGCACCAGAAUUGUACGAGGAGGAAUACAAUGAACUAGUAGACAUAUAUUCUUUCGGCAUGUGUGUGUUAGAGAUGCUGACUUCUGAGUAUCCCUAUAGCGAGUGCUCCAACCCGGCCCAAAUAUACAAGAAAGUUACUUCGGGAAAGUUGCCCAAUGCGUUCUAUCGAAUUCAAGACAUGGAAGCUCGGCGAUUUGUUGGGAAAUGCUUAGAGACUGCUUCAAAGAGGUUGCCGGCCGGAGAACUUUUGUUGGAUCCUUUUCUAGCGUCUGAUGAAGGUGGAUUGUUGCCCAUCCCAUGUCCGAAGUCAAUGUCCAAUAGAAAAGUGGUGGAGUCGCCGCCUUCGUUGCCUGAUCCUACAAGGAGCACAGAUAUGACAAUCACGGGAACCUUGGACCCGGAAGAGGAUACCAUUUUCAUCAAAGUGCAAAUUUCUGAAAAGGACAGCCAUGCUAGGAACAUAUACUUUCCCUUCGAUAUUGUGCACGACACAGCAAUUGACGUAGCGAUUGAGAUGGUUAAAGAAUUGGAAAUCAGCGACUGGGAGCCACUGGAGAUAGCUGGGAUGAUAGAGGAAGAGAUAUCUUCUCUGGUUCCAACUUGGAAGGAUUGGGGCUCAUCCCAAUGCCAUAAUCAGCACAGCUUUAGCUAUGAAGAAGAAGAAGAUGAUGAUGGCACCCACCAUCCUUUCUACUCAUCCUCUUCCUGUUCUUCCUCUGUAUCUUGUCUCCCAGCUUUCAGCUCUUCCAAUAAGAGCCAUAAUCGUGGGAACAACGCGGCCUCUGGCAGUGAUUGGCUUCAAGAAGAUUUGUUUGGCAAUGACGAUGCAAGUUCUCAGAGCUCUCUGAACUCCUUCAAGUAUUCCAAUCUAAGUUACUGCUCGGGCAAUGAAGAUGAUCAUGAUUUGAGUAUUAUCAGAGGAGGAGAACCCAUCUGUAAUAUUGCGAAGGCCCGAAAGUCUACAAGGUUCUGCCCUGAAGACAGAAGAAAGUAUGGCUCAAAUCUGCCUCCGAAGCUAACUAGGAUGCGGUCACUUGUGGACGUACGUAGCCAGUUGUUGCACCGAUCUCUGGUGGAGGAGAUAAACAAGAGGCGAUUGUUCAAUACCGUUGGAGCCAUUGAGAACAUUGGGUUUCAGGAACCAGGCGAGAUUUAAGGCGAGGUUUCUGUUUAAGUGGUUUGAGUCUCCCGUUAAUUUGUAAGUUGAUGGAGACUCUCGCGUUCCUUUUGGUACGUUUUAAGCAUGAAUGCUUGUAUGUAUAUAUAGAUUGUGAACUUCAAGAGUGUGCACUUCUUAUUUUGGACAAUUGGACCCAAAAAAAUUGACAUCAAACUUAAUGAUGAGGUAAAAUGAAGAGAUUUGAAUGUUCUGCUA